UCCACCCAAACUGCAACCGUCCCACACAUGUGACUGUAAAUGUUUAACUUGAGUGUUUCUGGUCAGAGUUUAGUCCCGUAGAGUCUCUGCAGAGUCACAGCAGAAUGAGUUCAGCAGGAGGAGGAUCACCCCUGCAGGUCCAUGCGGUCCGGUUCGGGCCUGGUCAGGAACUGCUGGGAUCUCUUCAGGCGUUCGUGGAGGAGAGGCGACUCCGAGCGCCGUUCAUCAUCACCUGCGUGGGCAGCGUCACCAAGGCAACACUCCGGCUGGCAAACGCCACGGCGACGAACACAAAUGAGGUGAUCCACCUCAGCGGGCGGUAUGAGAUCGUCUCCCUGGUCGGCACGCUGAACCGGGACGCCCACGUCCACAUCUGCCUGUCUGACGUCGAAGGCAAGACAGUCGGUGGUCAUGUGAUGGGGGAUCUGGAGGUGUUCACCACAGCUGAGGUGGUUGUCGGCGAGGCGGUCGACCUGCAGUUCACCCGGGAGCUGGAUGAGCGGACGGGUUUCCCUGAGCUGGUGAUUCAACCACGCAUGGAUGAAUCAGCCUGACUGUAGCUGUUAUAAUGUGUGAAUGAAACAUUUUUCAGCAUUGAAUGAGUGUGAAGGAAAUGAGAAAAGAGAGCGAUGAUAAAAGUCGAGUAGUUGAAGAACUUACAGCUGCAAUCAAUGUUGUCUCUUUUUAUAAUAAAGUUGAAAUUUAA